CUGGCCCCAGCGCCUCCCACUCCUGCCUUUCCCGGCACCUCUGGGGUCACUUUCAUGAAUUCAAAGGCAAUUUACCAGUGACUUCUGGGUGCUGGGGUGAUCCUCGUGUGUAAUUAAGAAUGUCUUCCAAGCAAGCCACCUCUCCAUUUGCCUGUACAACUGAUGGAGAGGAAACAAUGACCCAGGAUUUGACCUCAAGGGAAAAGGAAGAGGGCAGUGACCAACAUGCGGCCUCCCAUCUGCCUCUGCAUCCCAUAAUGCACAACAAACCUCACUCUGAGGAGCUACCGACGCUUGUCAGUACCAUUCAACAAGAUGCUGACUGGGAUAGCGUUCUGUCAUCUCAGCAAAGAAUGGAUUCAGAGAAUAAUAAGUUAUGUUCCCUAUAUUCCUUCCGAAAUACGUCUACCUCACCACAUAAGCCUGACGAAGGGAGUCGGGAGCGCGAGAUAAUGAGCAGUGUUACUUUUGGAACCCCGGAACGCCGCAAAGGGAGCCUUGCCGACGUGGUGGAUACGCUGAAGCAGAAGAAGCUGGAGGAGAUGACUCGGUCGGAACAAGAGGAUUCCUCCUGCAUGGAAAAACUACUUUCAAAAGAUUGGAAGGAAAAAAUGGAAAGACUAAAUACGAGUGACCUUCUUGGAGAAAUCAAAGGUACACCUGAGAGCCUAGCAGAGAAGGAACGCCAGCUCUCCACCAUGAUCACCCAGCUGAUCAGCUUGCGGGAGCAGCUCCUGGCAGCGCACGAUGAACAGAAAAAGCUGGCAGCCUCACAGAUCGAGAAACAGCGGCAGCAAAUGGACCUUGCUCGCCAACAACAAGAACAGAUCGCAAGACAACAGCAGCAACUUCUCCAGCAGCAGCACAAGAUUAAUCUCCUGCAGCAACAGAUCCAGGUUCAGGGACACAUGCCUCCGCUCAUGAUCCCAGUUUUUCCACAUGACCAGCGGACCCUGGCAGCAGCUGCUGCCGCCCAACAGGGAUUCCUCUUCCCCCCUGGAAUAACAUACAAGCCAGGUGAUAACUACCCCGUACAGUUCAUUCCAUCAACAAUGGCAGCUGCUGCUGCUUCUGGACUCAGCCCUUUACAGCUCCAGAAGGGUCAUGUCUCCCACCCACAAACUAACCCAAGGCUAAAGGGCAUAAGUGACCGUUUUGGCAGGAAUUUGGACACCUUUGAACAUGGUGGUGGCCACUCUUACAACCACAAACAGAUUGAGCAGCUCUAUGCCGCUCAGCUGGCCAGCAUGCAGGUGUCACCUGGAGCAAAGAUGCCAUCAACUCCACAGCCACCAAACACAGCAGGGGCGGUCUCACCUACUGGGAUGAAAAAUGAAAAGAGAGGGACCAGCCCUGUAACUCAAGUUAAGGAUGAAACAACAGCCCAGCCGCUGAAUCUCUCAUCGCGGCCUAAGACAGCAGAGCCUGUGAAGUCCCCAACAUCUCCCACCCAGAGCCUCUUCCCAGCCAGCAAAACCAGCCCUGUCAACCUUCCGAACAAGAGCAGCAUCCCCAGCCCCAUUGGAGGGAGCCUGGGGAGAGGAUCCUCUCUAGAUAUCCUGUCCAGUCUCAACUCUCCUGCCCUGUUUGGGGACCAGGACACAGUGAUGAAAGCCAUUCAGGAGGCUCGGAAGAUGCGAGAGCAGAUCCAGCGGGAGCAGCAACAGCAGCCACACGGGGUCGAUGGGAAACUGUCCUCCAUGAACAACAUGGGGCUGAGCAACUGCAGGAAUGAGAAGGAAAGAACACGCUUUGAGAACUUGGGGCCCCAGUUAACAGGGAAGUCAGGUGAAGAUGGGAAGCUGGGCCCAGGCGUCAUCGAUCUCACUCGUCCGGAAGACGCAGAGGGAAGCAAAGCAAUGAAUGGCUCUGCAGCUAAACUACAGCAGUAUUAUUGUUGGCCAACAGGAGGCGCCACUGUGGCUGAAGCACGCGUCUACAGGGAUGCCCGCGGCCGUGCCAGCAGCGAGCCUCACAUCAAGCGACCAAUGAAUGCAUUCAUGGUUUGGGCGAAGGACGAAAGGAGGAAAAUUCUUCAGGCUUUCCCUGACAUGCAUAACUCCAACAUUAGCAAAAUCUUAGGAUCUCGCUGGAAAUCCAUGUCCAACCAGGAGAAGCAACCUUACUAUGAAGAACAGGCCCGGCUAAGCAAGAUUCACCUAGAGAAGUACCCAAAUUACAAGUACAAACCCCGGCCGAAACGCACGUGCAUCGUGGAUGGCAAGAAGCUCCGGAUUGGAGAGUACAAGCAACUGAUGCGCUCCCGGAGGCAGGAGAUGAGACAGUUCUUCACUGUUGGGCAACAGCCUCAGAUUCCCAUCACCACAGGAACAGGUGUUGUGUAUCCUGGUGCUAUUACUAUGGCAACGACCACACCAUCACCUCAGAUGACAUCUGACUGCUCUAGCACCUCUGCCAGCCCAGAGCCCAGCCUCCCUGUCAUCCAGAGCACGUAUGGCAUGAAGAUGGACGGCGCGAGCCUGGCUGGGAACGACAUGAUUAAUGGAGAGGAUGAAAUGGAAGCCUAUGACGACUAUGAAGAUGAUCCCAAAUCAGACUAUAGCAGCGAAAACGAGGCCCCAGAGCCUGUCAGCGCCAACUGAGGAGCUUUUGUUUGCUGAAUUAGAACACUCUGACAUUUCACCCCCUUUCCCCAACAACAACAGAGUUCUUAAAGAGCCCGCAUGCAUUUGUGGCUCCACCAUACAUCAGCAGAGUGGUCUUAAUCGCUUCGUAACGUGUGAGACAGAUUAAGUUUUCCUGAUUUUUCAUAAACUUGAGUUUUUGUCGUUACCGUUACUGUUGUUGUUUAUUUAGGUGAAGACGUAUUAAAUAUGAGACACCGGGACUUGGAAACUUAUCUCCGCCCAUCGCCGUCUUUCAAGUCUUACAUUUCUGUCUUACUAUUUUUCUUUGGGAUGUUGACAAAGGGUUUAAGUUACUGUUUUAGAUGGGGUUAAACAUUCUCACUCAGGUAUGCUGUGCCGGCUACAGGUUGUGAAUGUGUUUUUAUUCUGAAUUACUAUAGAGAACAACUGAGGAUUUCGUAUUGUGAGACCGGACAAGUCCACAGUGUGUGCGGCUGCAUAUAGAACAUGUUCAAAAGCCCUCGGAAUUCCAUUUUUUUUUCCAUGUGUAGAAUUCAACUUUGAAUGUGCCAAACUUUUUGCAUAACUUUUGAAUCUUAACUAUUUUGAAAGUCUUACCGGAGACACUGCAAAGUCUUAGACAAUCUUUGGCAUCUUAAAAUAAAAUAGCAAACCACACUUUUUUUUUUUUUUCCCAGAAAAUGGUGAAGUACUCAGGAAUCUGGAGACAAGAUAUUGUAAGGAAUGAGCAAGGCUGUCACAGUGCAUGAACCCAAUUGUGUUUGCCUCUUGAUGUGCCAUCAGUGUGUGGCAUGGAACGGCACGCAUCAGAGCAGUCUCCACACCAGACACGACACGGUGGUCUCCCUGCCUGAGACCGCCUUUCACUACAUCCAUUCUCCCCUGCCUUUCACCCUGACAUUCAAUCUUAACACAUUGUUCUCUUAAAUAAUUUAUUCAUUCCAGAAUGUCAAGGGUCCACUUACUAUUUAUUUUAAAAAUUAUUGGUGGCAUUAAUUUAAUAAUUUUUCUUUUUUGUUUUGCCCUCCUUGCCCUUUCACCUAUUUUUCCUGCUGGAUACAAAAGAUGUACAUAGCAAUCUCAUGUCCCCAGAGCCCCUGGAAACAUUUCUGAAUUGAUGCUAGUAAAUGCAUAUGUUGUUGUUUUUAAAGAUGAGUGUCUAUCUGGGUCAAAGGUGUCUUACAUGUAAACAUGUAUGCCCCUGUGAGUCACUGUGAGCUCAGGUCUUUGCAUGGAGUUCCUCCCUCAUUCAGUUUUCAGUGAAAGUAGAACCUGAGUUCCACUCAGCAGUGAAGGUCAGCAGCGGUCACCGCCAGUCAAGGAGCCUCUCACAGCCUCUCUGAAGCCCAAGGGCCGUAGACCACUCAGGGGUCUACAGUGGAGCUGGCCUGCUGUCACUUUUACUGAGCAAGCUGGUCCUGACUGGCACAUCCAUGGAGAUCUGUGCAAAAUUUCCAGGAUGUUAGAAGCCUCAACACUAAGACAAGGGCAAAAGGAAACCAUGGGGAUAGCCAGCAGGACAGACCGAUGGCUGCUGGGGUGGUCCCCGCUCCGCUGGCAGACCUCACGUCUCAGAGGCUGCUUGUAGAUGAGGUGGUCUGCUCCUGAGACGGCUGCUAGGCUGGGAGGCACAGGCUUCCUGUCCAUCUCCUCACUACAGGUGGUUCUACUAUGUCGUAACUUUGACCUUCCUGAACCUAGGCCUGGUUGCUUACAGGAGCCCUACCCAGAGUCCUUCCUUGGGAGUGAGUCAGUGGACAGGACAGCCCAGAAUCUGAGCAUUGGGAAAAAGAACAGCUCCAUCAGAUUUUUUUGAGCCAUUUUGUCACUUGGAAGAAAGUAGUAAAACUUCAUAUUUAUUUAAAGAGUGCUCCAGGCCAUAUCUACUAGCAAUAAAUAGGUCUAGCCAAGAGAUGACCAGCCCUGUCAUUCGCUGUGAGUGCUCUCCAUAGGCUGUUUAAGGUACUGAUAGGAAUGUUUUGUUCUUAAUAUUGAUUGGGGAAUGGAACUUUGUUAAUGUACAUUGAUUUCAUAUGAGGAGGAGGUCACUUUUCAAAAACAAAAUGAGUAUUUAUUAUGUCUUACUGAUUUCUUGGACUCUCUGUCUCUCCUCAAUUCCUCCUCAUGCUUCUUCCUUUCUCUUUGGCUUCUGCUCUCACUGGUAAGUUUUUUUUUUUUUUUUAAAUUGUGCUGUACAGGUAGAGUGUUAUAUGGCUAGCAUUGUAUUGUAUGUAAUUAAUUUUGCACAAAGGCAAACAUUUAGCAUAGUAGUUAAUUUUGUUUGUUUUUAUGACCAUGCCAAAAUAAUAUUCUGGGCUGGUGGAGAACAAAGGACUGUUCUUUAGGACUGAAACUUGAUUUGCUUUAAAAAAAAAAAAAAGAGAGAAAAAACAAACAAACAAAAACCACACACACUCACAGAUGCUGUUUCGUAAGUGUUACAAGCACUGGAUAUAAAUGGUAUUUUUAUCACUGACUAAUGUGAAACUGGUAUGGAAACUACAUGAACAAAAGUCAUCUGUCUCGACUCGUGUGGGCUUGCCUCACAGUUGCCGGAUCUGAGUCAUUUUUAUGUCUUGUUAUUUCAUUUAUUUAUGCAAAAUACAUGUGUGUAGGAACUUCGUGUCAGCUCCAAUUCUGCCUCGGCACUGGGUCCAGUAACUUCUAGCCAUAUUCUCAAACACAAAGGUUGUCUGGGAAUGACUGGGUGGGAACGCCUCUCAUUGGCUCAGACAGUGAUGCUGUAUUCUAAUCUAAAUUUUGUGCGUACACAGUUUAUUCUAUUUAUUAGCCACAUUUGGCUCUAAAUAUCCAUGGGAAUGAGAAUGACAAUCACAGAGAUCGCUUACAUCAGUGGGGCUUAAACAGAGUUUUUAUGACUUCACCAUCUCAUUUUUAGAGUUUUCUAAUUGUGUAAAUAUAACAUAGAAAUAGAAUUUAUUUUUGGUUCAUGAGUUCCUAGUGACAUAUAAGUUAUGUAUCUUCUUUCUAUUCUUUAUCCGUAUGUGUUACUCCACACUAAAAGCUGGCCAGGCAGAUUUAGUGUGGACAGAGAGCUGUCAGCUCCAGUGAGGCAGCGUCCAUCCUCAGCCAAGACAGCAGGACCUCUGCCUGGUUCUCAUGCGGUCCCGAGCCCCCUGGUCCCCCACUCAGACCUCCCCCUCUUUCCUUAUGGGAAACCGAGGACUUUCUGUAAAGAAAGGAGAUCCUUGCACACACUCGGUUUCCAGCAGAGCUAGGAGAAAGUCAGGAGUUGCAUUUUAGAGAAAGAUCUGCCUGCCGUAUUAGUAUAAACCUCACGGUACCAGUCAAGGGGUUCUAAAGUCACCUUCCUGCAGUGUCCCCUCUUUUACACUAGCUUUAAAUAAAACCCAGGUUUGUCUCCAGGAAAGAACUCCCAGGAUCAGGAUCAGGCUUUCCUUCGUCGCCUGGGAAUAGUGGUAUUGUCAGACAAUCCUCUUUUUAGUGAACGGGCUCUAUGGAAUAGAAAGGAGGGGACAGAGAGAGAGAAGACCCAUCCGUGGACACAAGAAGCCUGGUUGGCAAUUUCUCUUCAUCAUUGGCAGUUCCAGGCCAUGUUGUUUUUGCAAACACUCUCUCAGCCUUCCGGGUUUGCCUCAUUUGGUAUUUGAUACCUUCUGUCCUAUCCUGGGCCUGAAUCCCUGCGCCAAGGUCUCGACACAGACUCCUGGGCCGUUUUCUAAAUUCAGGUGUGGGCUCAGAGAGCCCGCUUGUCAAAUGCUGGCCUCCUCUGGACAUCAGCCCCACGGGAGCCAGCAGUGCUAAAGAAGGGUGUGAUCCCUUUAGAGCUGAGAGCAGGCUCGGGUAAAGCCUGCUUUUCUGCAGAUGGGCACCUCCCUCAGAAGAAACAUGGCCUGGUCACAUGAUCCACCCCGGAGGCUGUCGCUCUAGUCAGUCCUUUUCAAUAAGUUGACUUUCCCAGAUCCUUAGGGAAAGGAGCCAAGGAUUCCUUCAUAGUUUUGAGCCAUAGAAACCCCGUACCAAGUGCCAACAACAGCAGAGCUGUGUCCAGAGAAAGAGACUAAGAUGAUGGCGGGGUCUUCCUCGUUACCAACACAGUGACAGCACCGCCAGAUGUAGCCUUGCCUGGGGUCCACAAUUCCUCCAAGGACGGGGCUAGCACGUCAGCUCCCCCUGAAUGGAUAAUGACAGUGGUGACCUCACUGUCUCACUUGUCUCCUCUACCCCUGACACGGCUUCUUCGGAAGCGGCUAUUUCUCCUGCCAAUCACAUUGUUUCUGACGCCACACACGCUUGCUCAUGACUCUGCACGUCAGAAAUAGACUGAAAAUCAUGACAUGCAAGCAAGGAUUUUUUUGUCCCCAUCCCAUCAUUUCCAAGCACUUAUAAGCUGGCACCGGGGAUGCUUGAGGGCAGAGAUGGAGUGACUUGGCGCGGGAUGAAAGAGUAAGGCUUCCUGCAGAUUCCCUUCUGUCGACCAAGGAGUUUGAGGAAGGUAGUAGGUGAUGUUCCUUGCUGGUGUCUUAUUUCCACAGAAAAGCAGGCAUAGAGCAGGGCUUCAGUGUGGGCACUCUUGGAGUCUGGGGAUGUGCAAGCAUUUGUCAUUGCUACAGAUUACAGGUCUGCUCGUGUGCAUCCUCCGUUGUCUGUCUCUGUCAUAUGUGCAUCUGCUCUCUCUCUCUCUCUCUCUCUCUCUCUCUCUCUCUCUCUCUCAGUGCAGUCCUCUUGUAUCCUCCUCCAGCCCAUAGCACAUUAGGAUACAAAACAGCUGAGCACUUGUUUUGGCUCGUUCUUGUAUUUGCCGUGUACAAUUUUGAAUCACCCUAUCCAAGCCUCUAAGCUGUUACUACGUAACUUAUCUUUACUGUAACUCUUUUCUUUGCCUACAUUGUAUUUGUUUGUUUGUGAUGUAUAUUGUGAGAUUGUAUUCUAUGUUAAUUUAAUCAGCACAACUCACUGACAUGCUGGACUGACAUGCUGGCUGCUGUUUUGAAGUGUAAAGCUUGUGUCGGGCUGUCCGGACAACUACAACUCUGUUGUCAAGGUACUGUGCAUUGGUUCCCAUAGCAACACUGUGGGUGUGGCCCUUUAAACUCCAGGGACAUUCAGCACACCCUCCAGCAAAUUUUAAGUGCAGAUUUUCUUUGUUGAAGUUCUAUGAAUACCACAGGUACCUACUUGGCCCAUGGCUGGUAACUAUUUUGGGCAAUUAGAAAAACAAACAAGCAUUAAAAAACUAGUGUCUAUUGCUGCUUUGAAUAUGUUUGAAAGUCUGAAAAUGUAAAUAGUUUAUCAAAAAAAAUCUUGUACAGUCCAGUGUAAAGUUUUUAAAUGACCUGAAGGGUUACCAUCACAGCUUUCGCGUGCUCUCCUCUGGAUAGUGGAAAAGAGAAGUUUGCUAAGGACUGAAUGGAAUGGGGACUUCGGAUCGGAAGGCGUGAAUCACUGCCCUUAGCUUGUCACAUACACAGACCUCUUGGAUCUUGUCGGACAGUAUUGGCAUGAGACAAACUCAGCAUGGAACACCCUCCAGUGAAACUUCUGCAGGGCUUCUUCCCUGCUCUGCCUCACCAUGAAGGGGAAAGAUGAGAUGGAAAGGCGUGCCGUUUUUGUCUAUCCUGGAAUAUGUUGGCACCUUAGCUACUUUUCCCCUUCUUUGCACAAGGUGCUUUCCUGAUGUGUUCGCCAUGCCAUCCUUGGGUGAUAAUGUAUAUGCCAUGAUGGGCCCAGGCCCCCGGGGGAGUCUAUAGGAACUGCCUAUUUAUGCUCAUUUACCUCAAGACUGUCCUUACCCUAAACUAGCUGUCAUCACUCCAUCUUUUGUACUGCUGUUGACACUUACCAAUUAAAGAUAAAUUUUGUUUUAUGA